AUGGUUGAUAAAAGUAUAUUUUUUUUAAGUCCUGACAGAUUCCCUUAAAUCCCAAACGAAAUUGUUUUGGGUACAUAUAAAGACAUUGAGAUGUGGGAAAAAACAGUUAAUUUCAAAUUAAGUGGAUUAGAUCUUUAAAUAACUACACAUAGAUUGCUAGCAACAUCUAGGGCAAAUAAAGCGUUAGGUUUUGCCAUAAAUCUAGAAAAUGUUAUUGAGUAGAAGGAUAUUAAAGAGGGAUUAGUAUUUAAGAAGUUAGUAGCAUUCAAAGUUAAAUAUAAAAAUUAAACCAAAAUUGAAUUCAAAAUUCCCAAAGGUAUUGAAGACGCAAUAGCUUAAGUGAAGGGUUCUUUGAACAAAAAAGAAUGGCUCAAGGUAGUUCCAGUAAAAAAGGAAGAAUAAAUUUUUCAAGCAUAGAAUAUGUAUACAGGAAUAAAGGAUAUGUAAAAAAAAGAAGAGCAAAAAUAAUAAGAAUAAUAAAAAAUAGUGCAGUCUUCUUUUUAAAAAGGAGAUAUUUCAUCAUUAUUCCAAAAUGCAAGAGAGUUGAAAGAGAUAAGUCAAUACUUAAAAGGAAAUCUUUCAAAAGUUGAUAAACAACAUGAACAAAGCGAUUUAGAUAAAAUUCUUUCUGAUUUGGGAUACUUCAAUGUUAUCACAAAAGAAGAAGCAGGAAAUUCAUAUUUAGACUAGCUUUCACAUUAAAUUUACAGUAUUUGCAACGAACUUUUCCCAAAACUAGGAGGAAUAAUUACUUUGCUUGAUGUCUUUUACUUUGUUAAUAAAAAAAGAUAAACCUGCUUACUUAACCCUUAAGAAGUUUUAGAUGCUUGCUCUAAAUUUUAAGCUUUAGGAUUAAACGCUAUUGUGACUGAAUAUGGAAACGUUAAGGUUGUUGAGUAGACUACUUUUGAUACUGAAAAAGAUUUUUAAGAAAAUAUUGGUAAAUAUAUAACCCAUAGUGUAGGAAUUACUGCAGAAUAAUUAGGAAGGAAAUUAAAUAUAUCCCCUGUUAUAUGUAGGAUUAAGCUAAAUAAAGCUCUUAAAACCGGUAAAUUGGUUAUCGAUGACAGUAUUGAAGGAUAAGUUUAUUACAAGAAUUUUAUACUGGAUUUUAAAAUAUGA